AUGAUCAUUUCUCAACAAACUUGGAUGUUACACAAGGCCUUCUAUUGGAGCGAAGCUCUGCAGAACAUCAGGAUACCAAGUACCGGGAAGCACAAAAUCGCCACCGCCCCCGCAGGGGAAGAAGAUCUAUCCCAUAUCAUCGACCUCGGAAUGCCGAUCCCUAUGAAGGUGAUACCGAAGGACCUGCCACAUCCAUACGCUAUGGUGGCGGUAACUUUCAAAGCAAUGCUAUUCAGCAAGGGUUUUCCCAACCCGGCGACGUUGAAGCCUUGCCUGUACAUGGAACGUCAGAAAGAGCCGGACAAUCGAGUACAUUCUAUGCUUGCAGGAAUCCAAGAGCAUUUAGACCGCGUCAAUCAACGACUAGAUGUCGUCACAUCAAUGAUGACCACAGUCCAUGCUGCUGGACUCUCUUCGACUGCUGCCAACUCCAGUCAGGCCCAUCCCACCCCAGGAAAUUCUUCUUCAAGCCCUACUAAUAAGAGGUCUAGACGACGUUCCUCAUCGAGGUUGGAAUUCAUGGCAUCUGUUCGCGAGCUUAUUGAUCUCAAACUUGGCGGCCCCAAAAUGUUCGAUCCCAGGCGGAUGGUCUCUGCAGAUGAACUUGAAGACUACUUGAUAAAGUGGGACGAGGGAGAUAAUGACUACCAGCGUGUUCCGUGCUGCGAUAUCAAUAACUUCAGGAUCGCUUUCAAUUGCACUCCAAACAGCCCGUGGAAUAAGUCUGCUUCUUGGGUUUUCGCAAAAUAUUUCAUGACAACGGUCAUUUCUCCAUCUUACACAAUUCACGAUAUACAGAAGUACUUCAUCGUUCGCUGCGCAUCACUCCUAAAGGCAUACAAUCGACACCUACAGUCUCCUCAAGCUGCUGCGGCAUUGGCUAAGCAAAUGCGCCAUACUGCAAGGAAGAACCAGAAAUACUCUAACCGACUGGAGACCUGCAAGAGUCAUCCAUAUCUGAGGCAUCAUGUCGGUAUGGUUGAGCAACUCGGGCCAGGUGGGAUGUCUAGCGAUGAGUCCGAUUAUGAGCCCACACCAGCUACCGCUCAUCUCAUUCCUCCAAACAUUAAAGAGGUUUAUCAUCUUGUUACGCUGAGGCCAGUCUGGAGAGCUCCAGAGGUUUCGCGUUGGCUCAGUAACAUCGACUCCUUCAGGAUAAUUCUUCGUUCAAGAAGCCCCGACACCCGCGGCAAUUAUCCUUAUGUUAGAUUUCGCCAUGACAUGAUUGUGGGAGAAAGUAAACCAGUGAAGGGAUUGCCGGUGAAUACUUACGAUUUGGGAUGGAUAGCGACAAGGGUGUCAGCCGAAUACGACGCUGGAUUCACAAAUGAAGCGUAUGUCUUUGUCCACGAUCCAAGGCUCCUUGAGUAA